ACCAGUUCGGGAUCGUCGGACACAGGCACGGCACGAGCUCAGCCGGCGGCGGCAGAGCGGGAGGAGGGAGAACGCUUCGGUCCCCCCCCCCCCCCCCCCCCCCCCCCAACCCAACCUCCUCCCCUUCCCGACAAGGCGACGCGAAGCGAGAUGCCGCUGUACGACUGCAUGCUGCUGCUGAAGACGACGGUGACCAGGGAGGUCCUAGCGGAACUGGUGACGCGGGUGGCGCGCCGCGCAUGCCAGCGCAACGGGGUCGUCACCGACGUCAAGUCAUUCGGCAAGGUCAGCCUCGCCUACGGCAUCAGGAAGCUCGACGGCCGCCACUUCCAGGGCCAUCUUAUGCAAAUGACCAUGAUGGUUCCCCCUUCGUUCCCGCAAGAACUCCACUAUCUGAACAAGGAGGACAGGCUGCUUCGCUGGCUGGUCGUGAAGCACAGAGACACGGUAUACGGGUUGGAGUUCUUGAACGCGGAUGGCGGGAGGGACGAGCUGAGAAGUUUCAGCCUUGGUCACACGAAGGGCGACUACGAUAUUGAAAUUGACUCCGACGACGAAGACUACGAUGACUCCGACGACGAAGAGUACGCAAUCGAGGAGGAGGAAGAGGAAGAGGAGGCGGCGAAGGAUGAGGAGAAGAAGUAGAACUGUUUGGCCAGGUUUCUGCAGUCUCAUCUGUAUUGGCAGAUGCGCGUUUUCUUAGAAAUCAAAUGUUCUCUUUGUAACAUCUGCGACUUUUUAUAAAGGCUGUAGGGUAUGGGAUGAGAGUCAGAACCUAUCACUUGUGUUUCUGAACUUUUAAAACCAGGAAAACGGGAGCUGGAACUUA